CCGUGCAGCGAAUCAGCUGUUUUCAAAUAUGGCCGCCAAAAUCAACUUUGCAGGAAGAGGAGUGUUACAAACCUAGGUGCCGUUUUUGUCUGCAAAAGUCCACAACAACAGCGACAAUAUAAAUUCCGACUUGUCCUGAUUGUCCAGGGACCGAAUUGUGCAACUGACGAGUUGUCCCGACUCCAAAAUGUCCCAGAUAAAGGAGUGUAUCCAAAGCCUGGCGCAGUUUCUGACAGCCACACUCGGUGAAAAGGUCCAGGUCUCCGCGGAAACUUUCCGUCAAGCGAAGUUCGACCGUCCCGAAGCGACCAGGCCACUGUGGUUCCUGAUGUACCAUCUUCUGAAGUAUCCAGGAACAUAUGAACAAAUGACCACAGAUAGACAACUUACUGAUGCUGUAGUGGUGACUUCAGUGAAGACGUGCCUGUAUCUCCAUGGUUACCGGUCCCCAGAGUUCCUGUCCCUUCCCACCUCCAUGGACCACGGCAGCAGAGAGCUCCUCCUGGCGUUUGGCUGGCUAACUGCAGCCACAGACACCAUCAAUACACUGUCCCAACCUCCCACACAUCUUUGGGCAGAGAACACAGUCUACGCACACAAGGUAAAAGUACCUAGAAAUGUGGUUAGAGGCAAGUCAGUGCCCACAGAUGAAACUGCACAUAGGAAAACUGAUCCGUCCAGACUCACAGAACCAGACAGGGUGACAGUCUGGCUUCUGGGUAAACUCCGACUGGCUCUGAGAAGUCUUCAUGCAGCCUGUCUGGAGAAAAGUGUGCUGACUCACAAGAUCCACAGGUACACGUCAGGACAGAGCCUGGUACCUGGCAGGACUCACCUCAGUCCCAGGGACGUCUAUCUGCUCAGACAUGUCAAUCAUGUGGACAAGUACCUGUCUGAGUUGGAGAAGGAGGUGAGGAGACAAGAAGCACUGCUGAGAUGGACAACAAACCAGGAUAUCUUCUGGCAGUGGAUGGAAAGUGUCCUUGAUUCAAAGUUGUCCAGUGGCCACCAUGCCCAGGUCAGUGAAGUCACCGAAGGGUCAUCACUCCAUGACCUGACACAAACCCUUGAUACCCUGUCCCUGGACCUUCUGUCACAGUUGGAGGAUGUUGAGGACCAUCUUUGUACUACAAACAAAACAUGGAAAGAAAAGAGGAGGCAAAAUUCUAGCCACACCUCUCUGGAAGUUCCCGAAGACCAAAGACUGGCCACAGAGGCUAACCUGAUGCACUCCAUGGAGUACAGAUGCAGAAGUAAACACCCAGUCCCCACACAGCUCAUCCUGGCUCAAAAAGAACCCAAAGAGAAGAGAGGCAAAAAGCCAGCUGUUCCAGAAGAAAAGACAGUAGAAGUGGAGGAGUGUAUAAGGAGAUGGAGUGAGGUGGUGGAUGGAUACACGUGGGAGCUGGAACGUGUGAGGGACAGACAUAAAGAAGAGUUAGCUAAGCUGACAAGAUCACUUGACGAAGUUAUAUGUAUUCCUCCAAUGGUUGUAAAAUUCUAGCUUUCAGUUAUGGAAUCAUUAAUUUAUAUAAGGAAGUAAACGAUUGUUAUUAUGUUCAAUUUCAUCUUCACAGAAGGGAAAUUUGUUUUGUACUGUUUCUUCUUCUUUUUCCACUUCAAACAGGUAUUAAAAUGACCUGGACCAGAGGGCUGUCACUAUGGUAACUGGUACUAUAGCAGACACCCUGUGGAGUUGCAUUACAUUAUACAACAAGUAGCAGGAUGGAGUCGGUGGGCUGGUCACCGUAUACAUGUACAGUAUAUGAAUGUCUUAAGUAAGAAUAAACAGAACAGUAGUUAAUUGGCUAGACCAUGUGAAAGUAAACAUUAUGUAUUAUGUUUUGCAAAUGAUAUCUUUCUAGUGGGAAAUAAUUUCUUUUGUCAUUUUACAUACAAACAUCUGUUUACAAUACAUGAUGUAUAUCUCUUUUAAUACAAGGUUAGACUUUUCAAUAACUUUGUUUCAAUGAUGGUACAAUUCUGAAGAGGCAAAACUGAUUACCCAAAUUUCCUUGAUGUUUGCUCUAAAAUAUUGAAGAUAUUCAAGUUAAUAAGAUUCAAUAGGUGAUUUUUUUCUAUAAAUUUUAAAGAUGAUGUUUGAUACACAGAUC